AUGUCUACCAUCACAACCCCCGCCCUGCAAACUUCCUAUCCUCCUAUCCUCCCAAAAUCUUUCAAUGCCAAUCAACCCAAAACAAUUCGUCUUUUCCCCCUCUCAAAUUACACUUUCGGCACCAAAGAAACCCAACCUGAAGAAGACCCCUCCGUCCUCGCGCGUCUCAAACGUUUAGAAGAACACUAUGUCGAACACGGUAUGCGACGAACCUGCGAAGGAAUUCUCGUCUGUCAUGAGCAUAAUCAUCCUCACAUCCUCAUGCUUCAAAUCGCAAAUGCCUUCUUCAAACUCCCUGGAGAUUAUCUAAAGCCCGAAGACGAUGAAGUAGAAGGUUUUAAACAAAGAUUGAAUGAGCGAUUGGCACCUGUAGGCACUCAAUUCAGUGGAGAGGGUGUAAAUGAGGAGUGGGAAAUUGGAGACACGUUGGCGCAGUGGUGGAGGCCGAACUUCGAAACUUUUAUGUACCCAUUUAUCCCGGCGCAUGUUACAAGACCUAAGGAGUGCAAGAAGUUGUAUUAUAUUCAACUUCCCAGACAGAAAGUACUAAGUGUUCCCAAGAAUAUGAAACUCCUCGCAGUACCACUUUUCGAGCUCUACGAUAACACAGCAAGAUAUGGUCCUCAACUCUCAGCAAUUCCACAUUUAUUAUCCAGAUAUAACUUCGAGUUUGUUGAUGAGAAGGGUGAUGUGGUAGCUGUUACUCCAGGCGGAGGACCAGAAGAAGGGUAUGUGCCAAAGACGAUCGUUUUGGCUGGGGGCGACGACGAAACAAUGGGCGAAGCUGAUGUCAAGGAAGAAAAUGGCGUUCAAUAA